AUGCUGUGGACAAGCUUACUCUCGGCACUGCUCCUCACGGGGACGGCCGAAGCUGCUGGCCGGAGUGUCGCUCAUGCAGGGAAACGUCAUGUUGAGCAUGCCGCGAAGCGGGCGAAGCAUGGCAUUGUCGCCGGUCAUCCUCACCGGGUGGUCGAGAGAGAACAAAAGGAGCACAGAUUCUUGAAUGAUAAUACCACCAGAUUCGCUGUUAAUGGGAAGGGCAUCCCGGAUGUCGACUUUGACGUUGGAGAGUCCUAUGCCGGGCUGCUCCCCAUCACCGGUGACCCUAACGACGAGAACAACCUGUUCUUCUGGUUCUUCCCCUCAACCAACCAGGCAGCGGACAAGGAGAUCCUUAUCUGGCUGAACGGUGGCCCUGGGUGCUCGUCCUUUGAAGGCCUGCUUCAGGAGAACGGGCCCUUCUUGUGGCAGUAUGGCACUUACAAGCCGGUCGAGAACCCCUGGAGCUGGCACACCCUGACCAACGUCGUCUACGUCGAGCAGCCUGUCGGCACCGGCUUCACGACGGGCAAGGCCACCAUCACGAACGAGGAGGAGCUCGCCGAGCAGUUCAUGGGUUUCUGGAAGAACUUCAUCGACACCUUUAGCAUGCACGGCUACAAGGUGUACAUCUCCGGCGAGUCCUAUGCCGGCUACUACUGUCCGUACAUCGCCAGCGCCUUCCUGGACGCCGAGGACAAAACCUACUACGACAUGUCCGGCAUGACCAUCUACAACCCGUCGCUCGCAGUCGACGAGAUCCAGGAGCCGAUCCCAGUGGUGCAGUUCGCCGAGUACUGGACCGGACUCUUCCCCUUCAACGACACGUUCCGGGCCGAUCUCAAGCGGCGCGAGCACGAGUGCGGCUACGCCGACUUCGUGGCCGAGUACCUGGUCUACCCUCCCAAGGGGCCCAUGCCAUCCCAGCUCCCCGGCACCCACCCCAACGGCACGACGCGCGACGAGUGCUGGAACAUCUACUGGGACAUAUUCGACGCCGUCACGCUGCUCAACCCCUGCUUCGACAUCUACCAAGUCGCCACCACCUGCCCCUUACUCUGGGACGUACUCGGCUUCCCGGGCUCCAUGCCCUACCUGCCCGAGGGCGCCGAGAUCUACUUCGACCGGGCGGACGUCAAGGCCGCCAUCCACGCACCGCCCAACACCACAUGGGAAGAGUGCUCCUCGGACGACGUGUUCGUCAACGGCACCGACCGCUCCCCGCCCUCCACCCUCGCCGUCCUCCCGCACGUGAUCGACGCCACCCAGAACGUCAUCAUCGGCCACAGCGCGCUGGACAUGAUCCUGCUGGCCAACGGCACGCUCCUCGCACUGCAGAACAUGACGUGGGGCGGGGCGCUCGGGUUCAGCGCGCGGCCCGACCAGCCCUUCUACGUGCCGCACAACGCCAUCACGGGGCCCUCGACGCUGGCCGCGGCGGGCGUGUUCGGCAGCCUGGUGUCGGAGCGCGGGCUGACCUAUGUCGCGGUCGACCUCGCCGGCCACAUGGUGCCGCAGUACGCGCCCUCGGCGGCGUACCGCCACGUCGAGUAUAUGUUGGGUCGUGUCGACUGCAUGAAUUGUACCGUGCCGUUCACGACUGAUCCGGAUACGCCGCAGAGUGAGGGGGAGCUGGGGAAGGGGACCGCGCCGCAGGGGUGGAGCAAUGGGAAGGGGAAGGGGAAGGGUAAGGGCAAGGGCGACGGAAAGGGGAAGGGGAAGGCGGAUGGGAGGCCGUGGAGGUCGAGGAGAUAG